CGCCGGCUGCCGGCGCGCGCCUGGGCCGACGUGCGCCGGGAGAGCACCCUGCCGCAGCUGCUCGGCCGCCUGCCGCUCUUCGGCCUGGGCCGCCUGGUCACGCGCAAGUCCUGGCUCUGGCAGCACGACGAGCCGUGCUACUGGCGCCUGACGCGCGUGCGGCCCGACUACACGGCGCAGAACCUGGAGCACGGAAAGGCCUGGGGUGUGCUGACCUUCAAAGGACGGACGGAGAGGGAGGCCCGGGAGAUCGCGCAAGCCAUGUACCACGACUGGCGGCUGGUGCCCAAGCACGAGGAGGCGGCCUUCACCGCGUUCACGCCGGCGCCACCCGAGGACGCUCCGCGUUGCGUGCCCUACCCGCCGCUCCUCCGGGCCAUGAUUCUAGCAGAACGGCAGAAAAAGGGGGACGCCAGCACCGAGGAGCCCAUGCUGCAUCUGGAGCGGACCCGAGCGGAUCCCUGGGACUACCCUGCGAAACAGGAGGCGAAGAGAAAGGCCAAGGCAACGCCGGUCUAAAUGCCAGCACGGGGUGGCCACGCGACCGGUGUCCAGCGCUGGGUCCCGGUUUGUGAAUGAAGACGCCUUUGGGCUCCGGCUGGGACGGCCUCCUGGGGACGUGGAGCCAGACCCUGCUCCUCGCGCCUUUGCUGUGGGCGAGCGGGCAGCGGGAGCUGCGGGGGGCGGCGGGGCUGGCAGCGCGGGUCGCUUCCCCCCUACGUGCAGCCGCUGCCGGACUCAGCCGAGAACCGUGUGCGCGCGAAUAAAAGCAGAACCAGUGGC